AUGGCUUCUGCUACUGCGUCCACUCCGGUGAAGACUCACCACGGGCUUUUCUCCUCCAAGACCGCUGGAGGCCGUAUGCCUCUGAGUCCUUCUCCCAACCCCCGCGCAAGCAGCAACGAAUCGCCUUUCACUCCUCCUCGCCAGUGUGAUGCUGCCCGCAGCCAAACCAAAUCAGUGUAUGGCGGCAAUCUCUCUGCCCACUUUGCCAAGUCAAUCUCGAAAGCAGCUCGCUCCACCCACCGUGACUCUCCCAAGAACAGCAAAUCCAAUAUUGCUCGCACUCGCAAGUCACCCAAACACUUGGAACUCGGAGUUUCGGACUGGACUUUGACCGGUACAAGUGCGACCACAGCCAACACGCCCUCCAAGGAACACAUCCGUCGUGAAAUUCCCACCCGCACUCGUGCUAGCAAGACAACCGUACGCAUUCCUCACAACGCUGCAGACCGUUUCAUCCCCAACCGGACUGCAAGUGAAGGUCUAGCCACUAGCGGGGCUGCGAAGCCAGACACGAAGCAGCGCCCCAAGAGUAGCACCGGUGACGGAUCAUCUGUACUUGCUUCAGCUGCCAGCGCUUUUGACAUUGGUACCCGUGGCUCCGACGAUGAUCUCGCUGCUGCUUUGGAGAACUUGGGUCUGGACGAUAACGAGCCCGCUACCUAUACUCGCCCAGCCCCCGAUGCCGUGGCCUACAAAUCAUCCUUGGCUGAAGCUUGUGGGCCUAUCGAUCUUCGUGCUCAAUACAACCGUCCCCUCCGCCCUGCCAAGUCCACAGCUGCUCAGUUCCGUCGCCGUGUUCAAACUGCCCCCGAGCGGGUCCUGGAUGCCCCAGGCCUUUUGGAUGACUACUAUCUUAACCUGCUCGACUGGAGCUCUGGCAACCAGGUUGCCAUUGGCCUUGAGCGCAAUGUGUAUGUCUGGUCUGCCGAGUCUGGCUCCGUCAACUGCCUUUUGGAAACCUCCCCCGAUACAUACGUGAGCAGUGUGAAGUGGAGUGGAGACGGUGCCUACGUUGGUGUUGGCUUGGGGACUGGCGAGGUCCAGAUCUGGGAUGUUGAAGAAGGUUCCAAGCUUCGUAGCAUGUACGGUCAUGACUCCCGCGUCGGUGUUAUGGGCUGGAACAAGCACACUUUGUCCACUGGAGCUCGCAGUGGUCUUGUUUACAACCACGAUGUACGCAUCGCUGAGCACAAGAUCGCCGAACUUGUCUCUCACACCUCAGAGGUCUGCGGUCUGGAGUGGCGGUCUGAUGGCGCUCAGCUCGCAACUGGUGGCAACGACAACCUCGUGAACAUCUGGGAUGCCCGCUCCUUGAGUGCCCCCAAGUUCACCAAGACCAACCACCGCGCCGCCGUCAAGGCCCUCAGCUGGUGCCCUUGGCAAUCUAACCUCCUCGCCACUGGCGGUGGUUCCUACGAUCGUCACAUCCACUUCUGGAACACCACCACGGGUGCCCGCACCAACAGCAUUGACACUGGCUCCCAGGUCACCUCCCUGCGUUGGAGCAACCACUACCGCGAGAUAGUCAGCUCUAGCGGCUUCCCUGAUAACUCACUCAGCAUCUGGAGCUACCCGACUCUGGUCCGCAACGUCGAAAUCCCUGCCCACGAGACUCGUGUCCUCCACAGCGCUAUCAGCCCCGAUGGACAGAUGCUCGCUACAACUGCCGCUGACGAGAGCUUGAAGUUCUGGAAGAUCUUCGAGCGCAAAGCUGGCAGCAGUGCGUCUGCCGCUCGUGAGGGUGGUGUCGGCAGCAAGGCUCAAAUGACCAAGUCCAUGACCAUCCGUUAA